AUGGAUCAACCACGCAAUCUCACCACCGAACCAGAAUCAACGAUCCUCUCCUCGAAGAAGACGGUGUGUGUGAUCGGGGCAGGUCCCUCGGGCCUAGUGGCAGCCAGGGAGCUGAGGAAAGAAGGGCACAGGGUGGUGUUGUUCGAGCAAAAACACGACGUAGGUGGUCAGUGGUUGUUCGAUCCAGACGUCGAGAAGGAGGAUCCAUUGGGGCGAACCAAGUUCAUGGAGGUCCAUAGUAGCAUCUACAAUUCACUGAGGCUGCUCUCCCCAAGAGAGAUCAUGGGCUACACCGAUUUCCCAUUCCUUAUGAAGGAAGGACUUGGGAGGGACACAAGGAGGUUCCCUGGCCACAGAGAGCUGUGGUUGUACCUCAAGGAGUUCAGUGUCCAUUUUGGGAUUAGGGAAUUGAUUAGGUUCAAUACUAGGGUUGAGUAUGUGGGGAUGUUGGAGGGUAAUAAUGGUGUUUGUGGGGAUUUGGGCAAUGAUCUGAAAUGGGUCGUCAGGAGCAGAAAGCUCGACGACGAUAUUAUAAGUAGUGGUAAUGGCGAUGUGAACGACGUCGAUUAUGACCUUAGUAUAGAUCGUGUGGAGAGGAACGGCGAGGUGGUGGAAGAGGUUUUUGAUGCUGUGGUUGUGGGUAACGGUCAGUACUCUUAUCCUCAGUUGCCCUCUAUUAAAGGUAUGAAGACCUGGAAGAGGAAGCAAAUGCAUAGCCACGUGUACAGGGUUCCACAACCAUUCCAAAAUCAGGUGGUGGUGAUGGUGGGGAACUCAUUAAGCGCGCAAGACAUAUCAAUGGAGCUCGCGGGAGUUGCAAAAGAAGUCCAUAUCAGUUCAAGAUCACAAAAGAAUUUAAUGGAGGGCUUCUCGAAAGUCAUCUCCAAACAUGAAAAACUCCACCUUCGACCUCAGAUUGAGUCGCUCGAAGAAGAUGGGAGGGUUCUGUUCGUGGAUGGGUCUUUUGUGGUUGCCGACGCUAUCUUGUAUUGCACAGGGUAUAAAUACUCGUUCCCGUUUCUUGACACCAAAGGACUAGUAACGGUGGAUGAUAACAGAGUGGGGCCUUUGUAUCACCACACCUUCCCUCCUUUACUUGCUCCUUCCCUCUCCUUUGUGGGCAUCCCGAGAAAGGCAAGUUUUACACACAUCCAGAUCAUAGCCUUCCCUUUCUUCGAAUCACAAGGCAAAUGGGUCGCACAAGUCCUGAGUGGGAAAAGGAAGCUGCCUUCCCCCGACGACAUGAUGCGCUCCGUUCAGGAAUUCUACCGCCAGAGAGAAGCCGACGGCAUCCCAAGACACGAAACCCACGACAUCAUCCAGUUCGAGUAUGCUGACAAAUACGCGGACAAGACUGGCUUCCCGCAUCUGGAAGAGUGGAGGAAGAAGAUGUGUCUUGUCGCUUUGGACAAUUCGGAUGUACACUUGGAGACGUACAGAGAUUCGUGGGACGAUGAGGAACUGCUUCAGGAAGCUCUUCAGAGCCCCCAUUUCACUCAGCACAUUGGGCCAAUAAUGAUCAGCACUUGA